AUGGCAGCGUGUGGAGACGAUGGCGGCUCUGAGUCGAUGAUACAUUCAGGGGCAGCUCCUUAUGGCAACUUUAUUAACUAUUAUACGUUCAACGAGCCGAAGAACAGGCUGAGUCUGAUCCCCCCAACGUUGCUGCAGGAUUUAGGAUGCGAGGGUAAUCCCCACACACUCCUGUUGGAUGUUGGCUGCAACUCAGGGGAGCUCAGCAUUGCCCUCUACAAGCAUCUGUUGCAGGAGCCUGACACAAACGUUCACCUCCUGGGCUUCGACCUGGACCAGACCCUGAUCGAGCAGGCGAGGAAGAGCAACCCUCUGCCCGCCAGCAUCACCUUCAUCCCCCUGGAUGUCACUGAAGACUCUGAGCAGCUGCUGGACUACCUGGCCCAGCGCGGCUGCUCCCGCUUCCACCUGACUGUGUGUCUGGCCGUCACCAUGUGGGUCCACCUCAACCACGGAGACUCGGGUCUCCUGCGGCUGCUGUCCCGCCUGGCGGACCUCAGCCAGAACCUGCUGCUGGAGGCUCAGCCCUGGAAGUGUUACCGCUCGGCGGCCCGGCGCCUCAGGAAACUGGGUCGCACCGACUUUGACCAUUUUAAAACGCUGAACAUCAAAGGGGACAUCAGCCAGCACGCCACCGAGUAUUUGGAGGGACAGUGUGACAUGGAGCUGGUCCAGAAUUUUGGGAGUACGACCUGGGACCGACGGCUCCUGCUUUUUCGGAGGAGGCCCACUUAGUUCACCCUUCCAUUCGUCAGCUCAUGACUUGUAGAAUAUUAUCACUUUCACAGACCUUAAGAAACUGUUUUGUAAAGGAAGGUUUUCUUGCUUUGUCAAUUUAAUUUUAGUAUUUUUAAUAAAUUUCCAUGGUCAACUGCCAUUACAGUUACUUAAUAUAUUUGGAGAUUUUCUAUGAUGGAUUAUAUAUAGUACAUUAUAGUACAGUAUAUUAUAGUGCAUGUAUACAUGUAUAUAUAAAACCGAUACAACAAAUAUUAUUACUAUAAUAUCAACUAAAUAGGUGCACUAAACAACACCGAUUAAAUGAAAAAAUAACAGACAAAUGUGGACAGAA